ACCCUUCCACAAACACCCAAAUCAGAGAGAGAGGUUCUAUAAAAUGCCUUCGUUUUGUGCAAGAUUGACCACCAGAGUCCCACAUGCCUUGGUCCCGAGUAUAAAGAAUAAUUUGACGCCACCCAAGCUAGGAGGUUUCUUCAUCUUCCAUCACCAUAGUAAUUGUCGCCAGAGUUCACCAUACCCAUUUCUAUCUCUGUCAAAGUGCUUUAAAUCUCGUUUUUCUUCAACAAUUAAGGGAGCGAACAUGUUGGAGAUUAGCUCUUCUGAAACGGAAAUGUACUCCAAGGAAUUGGAAGUUGCUGUGAGAGCAGUACAAUUGGCAUGUUUGCUCUGUCAGAGAGUCCAAGAAAAUCUGAUUUCUAACAGCAAUGAACAAGUCCAAUCCAAGGAUGACAAUUCUCCUGUCACAAUUGCUGAUUGGAGCGUGCAAGCAACUAUAAGUUGGGUACUGUCAGAAUCUUUUGGGAGUCAAAAUGUCUCCGUUGUUGCUGAAGAAGAUGUUCAUGCACUCUCCAAGGUUGAUGCAGCUGGCAUACUUGAAGCUGUGGUGAGAACAGUUAAUGAAUGUCGGGCUGAAGCACCGCGUUUUGGGCUUAAUGGUCCAUUAAUGCCUCUUGGAACUACAGAGGUUCUUGAGGCCAUCAGUCGCUGCAACUCAACAGGGGGUCCCACUGGAAGAUUUUGGGUACUUGAUCCUAUUGAUGGCACAUUGGGGUUUGUACGUGGGGAUCAGUAUGCAGUUGCUCUGGCAUUAAUAGAGGAUGGAGAACCUGUGCUUGGAGUUCUCGGGUGCCCCAAUUACCCAAUGAAGAAAGAAUGGCUAAGUUAUCAGAAUGGCUACCGUAGAAUGCUAUCUAAGUUAACCUCACCAGCAUCUGGAUCUUGGGAUACAGGUUGUGUGAUUUACGCCAGGAGAGGUAGUGGCAAGGCUUGGAUGCAACCAUUACCCCAGGCAGAAAAGAAGCUUGUGUGGCCAAACUCUGCAAGGCAAAUCCAAGUGUCCUCAAUUGAUAACCCAAAAUUGGCAACUUUUUGUGAACCAGUUGAGAAAGCAAAUUCAAGCCAUUCCUUCACAGCAGGACUAGCUCAUAGCGUUGGGCUUAGGAACCAACCAUUACGCUUAUACAGCAUGGUGAAGUAUGCAGCCAUAGCCCGUGGUGAUGCUGAGAUAUUCAUGAAGUUUGCUAGGGCUGGCUACAAGGAGAAGAUAUGGGAUCACGCAGCUGGUGUUGUUAUUAUUGAAGAGGCUGGUGGUGUUGUAACUGAUGCUGGAGGGCAUCCACUGGACUUUUCGAAAGGUGUCUACUUAGAAGGUCUUGAUCGAGGAAUAAUUGCUUGUGCUGGAGCCAAACUACAUGGAAAGAUUGUCGGGGCUGUUGAUGCUAGCUGGAACUCCUCUAGCCUAUGAUGUUUUCUGUACAAAGCCAAAGAAUUCAGGCCUUCAAUCUUAUUAAAAGAAGCAAUAACUAUUGUUGGCUUUUGAAUCAUGGUUUUAAUAGGACCGGAGUCCUACCCUGAUGGUUGGAGCCCUCUAUAAUGGAGUGGCUGGUUGAUGGUUCAAGUCUCCCCUCCCCGUGGUGUGGUGUAAAAGUAUCCCUGUCUAUCAAAAAAAAGUCAUGGUUUGAAUGAAUAUCACAACCCAAAAUCGAUAGAGCAUUAGUAUACUGUAACUGUGGUCAAUAUGAUUAGGAAAUGGAAUCAUUUUGUGCUGUUAUAUAAACCCUUUUAUAUAUGUUCUUAUUACUGUUAUGCUAAAAAAUUAUUGUAAACCACUUGGAUUUUU